CAAGAACACGAACUUCACCACUCGACCAAUCUGGAUCGACGCAGUGUGUAUCAACCAGGCAGAUUAUGAUGAGAAAUUUAUCCAGAUCAACAUGAUGGACCAAAUCUAUAAGCGUGCGAGGAAGGUUUGGGCGUGGUUGGGCGUUUCGACUGAGCAACAGAAAUUGUCACAUCUUCUGUCUUUAUUGCCAUCCAUCGUCACUUACAAUAGACAGAUCGGGCUUUCAGAUGGGGGAUCACGACCAGAAAGGCCCCCAGAGCUGUGCUCGAUCGACAUUUCUUAUCGGGACGCUAUCUUCCAUUUGUUCCAGAACCCCUGGUUCCAUCGCGUGUGGAUCAUUCAGGAGGCUGCUCUCGCGACAGACAUAGCAUAUCUGUGUGGGGAGCAUGAGAUUGACUUUAUGGCCCUCGACGAGGCUCUCGAUACGCAGAGGUUCACAUACUGGAAUUGGUAUGAUACCGCCGGUGCGCCAGUGCGUUUUGCAAAAAUGACGAUGGCUCACGAAGUCCUCCCUGACAUUCGAACAUUCUUUCGAUCUGAUAAAAUUCACGAGUCGGACGCUGUGGCCUGGAGACCACUGCGUGUUGUUUUGUUGAUGGUCCCGAACCUUGAUUGUUUUUCACCACAAGAUCGAGUAUUCGGCAUGAUAGGUUUACUUCGAGAGAUGGAUCCUGAAAUCCCCAGAUUCCGCUACGACACCUCGGUAGCAGAUCUGUACACCAGCUUCAGUAGAUACAUACUCGCUAAGUCUACGAGGAAUCACUUCUGGUGGCGAUACAUUAACAUGUCUUUCAGCCUCUAUAGGACCGAGGGCCUCCCAUCGUGGGUGCCAGAUUUGCAUCACCAACGCCCACCAUACAUAUGUGGUCCCGCAACCAUUAGAGAGUUCCAAAGAGACGGAGAUGUCCGCUACCAGGCUAGCUUGAGUCCCAGCUCAUUUGAACUUGGAAACGAAAUGGAUGAGAUCAUUCUUCGGGGCAAGAUUCUGGACAACAUCAUAAUAGUCCACCCAACGAAUGGCGGGCUGACAGAUUUGUACGGAGUUGCAGAUCACUUGCUAGCAGACGACUACGAAGAUGGAGACCGAUCGGUGGAAGCUUUUUUGGGUCUCGUCAAGUGGGAGCGCAGAAUCGCUGACGUGGCCCUAUCCAACGAGCUCAGAAGCGAUACCAUGGGCACUGCAGCAAGCACUCGCGUGACAAAAGAUACCUACUGGAGAACUCUGAUGGGCAACAACGACUUUGGCGAAACGCCCGGCGACGUAAAGCUGACACAGGAAACCUGGGACGAUUUCCGCACCACAUUUUCGCAGUAUGCGCAAGUCCUCCGGAAGAUACACCGACUGCUUGCAUCGGGCGAAAUGGACCCCAGCGGCAAAGACGACACGCGUCUGCUCACCUCUGAGGAGCUGGAUAUCGCCAGGUCGACGAAACUGCAGCACGGAGCGCCGAAGGCACAUUUGCAAAAGCUCUGGCGGCUUGCCGGGAGACAGGUUUUCCAUACUGCGCAGGGCAGGUUCGGAUUCACGGUGCAGGGCGUGACAGUCGGGGAUCUGGUCGCUGUGCUCAAUGGGUCGCAGACACCGCAUGUGGUACGACGAAGGGAGUGCCGCGGUGGGAAAGAGCGGUAUAGCUUCGUCGGAGACGCGUACGUUCACGGUUUAAUGUACGACGAGGCACAUAAGUUGGCUACUGAGGAGCGAGAAAUCGUGUUUAUCUAGUGAGAAUACUGAGAUGCUAUCUACAAAAAGAUGAAGAGAACAGACAUAUGAGAAUCCAGGCCAGCGAAGACUC